GACGAGGCAUACGAGCCAGGCUGAGAGCAUUCGAGCAACCAAACACACCCGUCCCUUCUUCUCCUUCCGCUCGUCUCGCUCGUAAUCGGCACAGGCGACCUCGACACACCACUUCACCCUCGCUCGGUCGGAGCAAUCUUGCCUGCGACGCCGCCGCCGCCCUCGAUCUCGGAUCGUCCGCUACGCCCCUGCCUCCAAACCUUGCCGCGGCGAUCGGAGAGGGGAAUACCCAAACCCUAACGUUUUCGGCCCCUCCCCGCCGUCAGAGCUGCGCCGUGCGGUUCUGCUUCUUUUCUGGGCCUCGUCACCUAGGGUUCCGAGAUGGGCGAUCAUAAGGCCGUCUUCAUCUCCCUUCAGGAGCUAUUCCCUCAGAACUGCUUAUGGGCGGAUAUGUGGGAAGAUCUGAUGGUGCUAUGAGGUGCCCGUUGCGGUGAGGCGAGACUAGAUUUUUUAGUACCAUGAGGAAGAUUUCGUGUUGCUUCUUGUGGGGGCUUGCGUGCCAUGGGUUGAUCCUCGCAUACUGAAGGCUGUUGCCAUUGAGCACCACAAUGAUGUUGAUUCUGCUGUAGUCGCAAUCCUUGAUGAAGUCAUGCCGUCUGUUACAUCUACAAGUCCACCUACAGUUUCGUCUGUUCGUCAAGAAAUUGCGCCAUGCUGUAUUGCAACUUCGUCAGCUUCUGAUGGUACUUCUGAAACAGGGGAUUCCUCUUCUGCUGGGCAUGGUAAGCAGGUUGAAGUUGAUGAAAAUGUCCACUCUACACAAUGCAAAUCUUCUAUGGAGAUCACAAAUGAUAGGCAAAGGAAUGUGGUGGAUGAAGUGGAAUCACAUUCAUCAUACCCAUGGAUGAAUGAACAACUUCACCUGCCUAUCCGCAAUGUCCCAGAACCUGUUGAUAUUUCUUAUGUUGGACAUGACGGACAUUUGUUAAGUGAAUAUCUAGAUGCAAUACUCAAUGGAGAAAGUGGAAAUUCUAGCACACAACCCAAUGUUGCAUAUGUCCACAAGCAAGAUUCUGACAACCCAAUCCCAGCUGAUGGUUGUGUUACAAAGGAUAAUUCAAUCACUUUACCUCUUGAUUAUGUGGACAUAAAUGAUGUGAAUUAUUCCUUGAAGUCUUCUGCUGGUGUUUCCAACAGUGAAGAUUCAUUUGGAACCUGUGGAACAUAUCAGUUUGCCCAUGUGCUGAACAUUCCGAUUCCAGACGCUAGAAAAUCCUCUAAGGGGCUUGGCGGAGAACAGGACACCAACAGCAUCGGCAAAGCUGACUUGCUCCCUGAUCUUAAUUUGAAUCACCUUGCUACCAUUGCUUCAACUCAUUCUGUUAGUAUUGAAUCCCUCGAUGAUUCCAUUUCUGAUGCCAAAAGCAAUAAGAAUGAUCUGUUACCUUCUCUAGAGUUGGUCUCUAAGAUGAUACAGGAUGUAGAAGUUCUGGAAGAAAAGGCUGAAGUGGCCAAGCAUGAAUCAUCUAUUGCUGGGACAAGCAUUCUCACCAAAGUGGGGAAGCUGAAGGAAAUGUUAAAUCAUGCGAAGGAAGCAAAUGAUAUGCAUGCUUGUGAGGUUUUUGGUGAGAAAUCUAUUUUAACCACAGAGGCACGGGAGCUCCAAUCGCGACUUCAGAGGCUGUCAGAUGAGAGGAAGAACUAUCUAGUGGUAAUUGAGGAGAUACGCCAAACACUUGAGCACAGAUUGGUUGCUGCACAACAAGAAAUCGAUGCGGCUGAGGAGAAGAAGAUUCAAAAGGAAGCUUCUGCUCAGGCACUGCUUGAUGAGCAGGAAAAGGAGAUGAACUUAGCCGUUGAAGAAUCAAGAAAGCUGCAGAAAGAAGCUGAGGAGAAUUUAAAGCUGAAGGCAUUCUUGGUUGAGCGGGGUCAAAUCGUUGAUACAUUGCAAGGUGAGAUGACUGUGAUCUGUGAGGAUGUGUCCCAACUCAAACAAAUAGUGGAUGAGCGCUUAUCGUUCUGCAAGUUACAGCGGUCAAAAAUGUCGAGCCUCUCCUCUUCGCUGCAAUCUUCGCUUCACAAGAGUGGGAGUUCUGCUGAUAGGGCUAUUGAAGCAGUUGAGUCUACAGAUAAACAUACAGUAGCCGAGGGUGCUAAUGCAGCGGUUGGUGAUGAUCCAAAUGGCAGCAAAAGAAUCAUCCAUGUGUGGAAUGGCAGUGGCAUGGCUGACAAAGACAAUGGCACAGGGGGGGAUACCAACGAGGAUGGCUGGGAAUUUUGCUGACCUGAAUGGCUUUAAAAGUGCAGGGUUGUGUAAGGAUCGUUGAUAUGUAGCAAACCGGACGUCAUAAUUAUGCAUAAGCGGUCUAUUUACCCUUGUUUUCUCAUUUAGGAGACCAAAUAAAAAUUAAUUGGUGAAUUGACGACUAGAACACAUAAUCUCAUGGUUCAUAACAAACUCUCCUAACCAAUUCACCUCAUGACACUAUGUGGUUUGAGAUCAUUAUUUGCUUUCUCUA